AUGUCGGGGCAAUUGUCAGCUAACGCUAGAAAGCAGCAGGAGGAGGACAUCGAGCGUCUUGUCAAGUGUCGCCUGCGCUCGGAGAUUGAAGCCCGCAAAGCGGUGGAGAGCACGAUGAAGCGAGCGGUACAGGAGGCCCGCGAGCUGAAGAAGGAGCUCGUUUUGCUGCGCCAGGAGAAAGAGGAGCUGCGCGCGGCUGCCCAGAAGAGCGCGGGCAGUAGUGGCAACGAGUCCGCUCGGAAUAGGUCGAACGACUCCCAGGCCGGAAAGCAGAGCAGCAGCAAGGCUGCGGAGCUCAAGCUGAAGCAGCAGAUUCAGACUCUGACUGCUCGGAACAAGGAGAUCGAAGCCGCCAUGGACGAGCUUCAGCAGCGAGUCUCGGAGAUCGAGUCACAGAACGCUUCUAUCACUGAUCAGUCGGCUGCUGCCCUAGCGAAGAAGGACCAAGAAAUCGCGACCUUGCAAGAAGCGCUGAAAAAGAGCAAACUCGCGGUCGACGAGACCAAGCGCAAAUGUCAGAAACUGCUCAAGGAGAAGAGAGAGGAGAUGGAGCGCGCACUCCAGGAGAACGAGCAACUGGCGCGCAACGCGAAGAAACUUCAAGGCCAACUGGCACUGCUGCCACAGCUGAAGAAGAAACUAGAGCACGCCAAGGAGAAUCGUGCGGACGUAGCUGAGGUGUGGCAGAAGAAGCUCGAGCAACGCGACCAGGCUUUCUUGCGGGAAGAGGAGGCGAGCAAACAGAAGCUGGCCGAGAGCGUUGCUCAGAUCACCAAACUCGUAGACGAAAAGCUGGAGCUGCGGGAGAAAGUUGACGAGCUCGAGCACAGGCUUCGUAACAUUGUCAGCAAGCACAAGAGCGAGUUAUCGCAGGAAUCUCGGCGCAUGGAGGCGCUGGAGGCCAGUGUGAUCCAGUUGAAGGAGAAGCUUGUUGCAGCUGCGGCUGCUGCUCAAGAAGCGGAGCGAGCGGAAGUUGUGACACGAGAGACACAAGAGCAGGAGACUCGGCUGCGGCAGCUUGCUGAAGACGCAGCCGAUGCGGUGGAGAUUCGGGCUGAAAAAGCGGAGCGUGACCUGGCGCAGGCUCGAAUGCAGCUCGACCGCCUCGAGGAGGCCCUCAAAGCCCGCGGGGUCACUUUGGACUACCUGUUGAAGCAGCAGACCCCCGUUUCGAUUCCAAGCCGAACGCCUCCCGCAGACAGAGGCGCCAAUAGACCCCGAGUCACCAGCACCUUGAAGAGGUCAGGCUCCACAGCUCCUAGAGACCCAGCGAGAAGUAAGACGAUGGGGAAAUCUCGUUUGUCGCCUGAAGACACCAAGAAUCCCUCCAGGAUGAAGGCGGGAAGAGGCAGCAGCAGCAGCAGCAACAACAACAAUCAGGAAGAAUAA